ACAGGCAUGUGCAGCCACACGGCCAGCCAGCAGGAAGCUAGGCAUGCGCGCGCUCCCUCUGAUAUCGUCACUGAGCAGUGUCGUCUGCUAUCAUCGAGUUUACUCUCCGGAUUUAUGUCUUACGUCUGGAACGAAACAUCUGGAAUAACGCCGCCAUUCACUCUACCCUUGUUGCUAUGUCGUGGGAAUUUAUACCCUUUGCCUUACUACCGCACAUGUGGAUUCUGUUAUUUGGUCUCGCUGUUUCUCCUACGAGUGUGAGCUACCAGGCACCGAUACCUAUUGGAGCUCUCCUGGAUGCGGAGAAGGAUACGGUGACCAAGUCAGGCUUCAUCUACGCCAUCUCUACACACAACGAGCGGAACAAGGCCCGCGGCAAAGGCAUUGUGUUCAGCACGGUUCUGGAUCAGCUAGAAGUAGAUAACAGUUUCAAGUUUGCCUCAAGAAUGUGCUCUCAGAUGUCAGGGGGCAUUUUUGCCUUCUACGGCAGAACCUCGUCGUCUUCGUUUUCGAUAGCUGAAGCCUUCAGCCAGCAGUUCCACAUGCCGUUCAUCACCCUCAGCCUGUCAGGGGCUGUCAGCAAGCCUUAUCGCCCUUUCACUCUCUCAAUCACGCCUCACAUCGUUGACGCCGUCGUUGACCUCCUCAUCAACUACCAGUGGAAACGACUUGACUAUGUCUACGACAGUGACCAAGGUCUUUUUCAAGUGCAGUAUAUACACAGUCGACUGAAACAGCUGGGUCAUAACGUGGACAUCACGUAUUGCCGUCUCGAGGACGUAGACCAUAUUCACGAGGACCUAAGGCGUCUCGAUAGAAAGAACAAAAACACCAUAAAAAAUUUCGUACUUGAUAUUUCCUCACAGACGGCACUGCGAAGUGUGUUGUCUCAGAUACCUGAAGUUGGAAUGAAUCGCGCGGGGUACAACUAUAUUCUAGCUACCAUGGACAUGGAAACGCUGAACCUGUCACGUUUCCGACAUGGUGGGGUGAACAUAACAGGUUUCCAGCUCAUAAACCGCACAAAUCCAGGAGUGAAGGAGUUCUUGGACACAUGGUCAGUGCUGGAGCCUGUAGUCUGGCCUGGUGCUGGAAGCGACAAAGUUGAGGUGGAGGCUGCUCUGUCGGUGGACGCGCUGGAGGCCUUCCGCCUGGCACUAGAAGCCAUGGUGGGCAGACGACACGACGUGUUUCACUCCACCUUCCGGCGUGGAGUGGUCUACAACCUCAACAAGACCGUUGGAAUACCGUGCAACACUCGUCCCGUCCUUCCUUGGAUGCAUGGCACUGAGAUUUUCUACUCGCUGAAAAGGGUGGAUUUUGAGGGCUUGACUGGUCGAGUUUCAUUCGACAGCAGAGGAUACCGAAAUAAUUAUAAACUUGACCUCUUCACUGUUACCAUGGACAUGGGACCGUUUAAGUCCGGCGAGUGGCACUCAGAGCUGGGACUAAGGAGGGACGAGAAGCUUGUUCCUCGACCAUCGGCCAAUGGGACACAGUCCAAGAGAUUUCGCAUCGUGACCAGCAUAUUGACGAAACCGUUUUUGAUGAUGAGGCAAGCUCCAGGGAGUAUGGGACUUCCUCUCGCAGGAAACGAUAGAUUCGAAGGCUACUGUAAGGACCUGGCGGACGAGCUGAAGGAGCGCUUGCCUAUGGAGUACAUCCUUGUCCCCGUCAAAGACGGAAUGUUUGGCACAGAGCUUCCCAACGGGUCAUGGACUGGCAUCAUCGGGGAGCUCAGGCGAGGGCUGGCUGACCUGGCAGUCGCUCCACUGACCAUCACCUCUGACCGCGAGCGCGUGGUGGACUUCUCCAAGCCAUUCAUGAACAUCGCCAUCUCCAUCAUGAUCAAGAGGCCGGAGAAACAGAAGCCCGGCGUGUUCGCCUUCAUGGAGCCAUUUUCUGUGCCGCUGUGGGCCUGCAUCGUUCUCGCCUACAUCGCCGUCAGCGUCACAGUCUUCGUCGUCAGCAAGUUCAGCCCCUUUGAACUUCGCAUCCGAAGUUACCGGUAUGACCGAUAUAUUGUCUACGACUUUAACAUCUGCAACUCUUUCUGGUUUUCCAUGAGUGCUCUCAUGAUGCAAGGGAGUGAACACUGUCCCAGGUCGGUAGCUGGACGCGUCAUAGGCGGGGCGUGGUGGUUCUUUGUGCUGAUCAUCAUCACAUCGUACACGGCCAACCUCGCCGCCUUCCUGACGAUCGAGCGCAUGCUGCACCCAGUGGAUUCCGCCGACGACCUGGCCAAGCAGACGGAAAUCGCAUACGGCAUGCUGGAGUCCGGAUCCACCAGGACCUUCUUCCAGACAUCGGAGGUGCCGACCUACCGCAAAAUGUGGAACUACAUGAGUACAGCAUCACCCCCUGUCAUGGUCAAAACAGUAGAAGAAGGCGUUGAAAGAGUUCGGAACUAAGGAAAGUACGCUUUUCUCAUCGAGUCCUCCAUGAACAACUACUACAACAACCGCAAACCUUGUGACACGGUGCGCGUGGGUGAGACUUUGAACCUCGAGGGCUUCGGCAUCGCUACACCGCACGGUUCUGACCUCAAAGAGAUCCUGAACUAUGCGACAUUAAAAAUGAAAGAAGACGGAACUCUGCAUCGACUAGAGAACAAGUGGUGGUAUGAGAAGGGAGAAUGUGGCAGAGACACAGGUCACAAGGAAUCGAAGAAGCGAUCUUUAUCACUGAGCAACGUGGCUGGUGUGUUUUACAUCUUGGUGUCUGGCCUUGUCAUUGCCAUCGUCCUGGGACUGAUUGAAGUCUAUAUCUACAAGCGGCAGAAAAGCAAAGAGGCUGGCUUGGCACAUGCAGAUACCAGAACAACUGUAGCUGAAACCCCUCAGGAGAACAUCAAUGGUCUUAUAGAGCCACAUCGAGUAAUUCUACGACGCCAUCGAUGAUAUCACAAAUGUGUAUUUGUUUAUAUAAAGAAAAGCCCCGAGACUUUACCAUUUGCCUUUCUGAAACACAGUUUACAUUGUACCGAUGGACAUUCCUGACUGUUAUUUGAUAAUUAUCGGAAAGUUGUGCAGCCAAUGACAAAACUUUUGAAUAAUAAGUCUGCGGCCAGACUGGUUUUGUUUCCGAGACCUUCUGUAAGAAUGAUAUCGGAAGUAAGAUUUCUGAUAAUACAACACAAGCAUGAUUACAAUGGAUAUUCGUUUGGUUCCCAUGUCAACAAACUCUACAUCAACGCCCAUUUUCUACCAGUAAAUCAGCAUGUCGCUUUACCUGAAUCUGAAGGACCUUAAAGAUAAAAUCAGACUAGUUACUCGGACAAUGCAUUUGUGACAAUGGACAGGAAAUAGAAACUGCCAUGUCUCCAGCCGCACAACAUAUUUAUAAAAAAUAGAAUCACUCUUAAGAAAUUGCUUUUAAGUCAUUUAGAGCUCUUAAAUUUUGAUUUUCUCUUCUAAAUUUCAAACAGGUCAGAAAAGCGUUAAACGUGGUAAAACAGUUUUUAAGACGACGACGGCGGCAACAGAGUCUUUUAUUAAAGAGGAACUAGAUGUGUCUACUAGCAUACAAGAGAAACUUUGAUGACAUAAAACGUGCACGAAUUGUUUCAGCUAUAAAAUGUAUUUGAAAUGACUGCUUAGAAAAACUUUUCAAGAUUUGGAACAUGUAUUAAUUACUGACGGUUCAAAUAUUCACCGGUCAACACGUAUGAGAAAUUCCAAGUACAAUUUAUAUUUUAACACAUAAUGUAUUCAAAAUAUUUUGUUUCGCCCAAAACCUAUUUACCAUCUUAAAGAGUGGUAAUGUUGUCUUAUUGUAAUGGUCAUCAGAGGAAGAGGUUGAGCUGGUCUGUCGAAUCAUAUGGUGUUCUGCUGACACUCGGAGUUUAUAGUCCACAGUUCGCGCUAAAUGUUCCCCAUAUGAUACUCAUUCCAUUAUAUACAUAUAUAUAUUAGUCUUGAGUUUGACGAGUAAUCAAUUAAUACAUUUAUGAUGUUUUGCUGCCAUAGAAAAUUUAGCCUCUCGAUGAUUUCUGUGGGAGCCGCCAUUUAAAACUACUGUGUGCUGAUGGAAUCAGAAGUUCGGCUAAAAGAGUUUGAAAACAAUUUAAAAUGAUGUUACUAAAAAUUAUCCUAAGCACGCGUUGUGCAUUAGGUUUAGGAACUUUCUGUAAAAGCAUUUUGUCAACUACAUGAUACGACUUUCCAGUUUAUAUUUCCAUACCUGGGCUGGGGACAUAACUCCAUAAUACGGCCACUGAUUGUGGCGCCUUGCGAGUCGGACAGUCACUAUAAUUCUGGGCUUACAAAAUGUCUUGUGGGAAGCUUAAUGCUGAUGGUGAUGAAAAUAUCUUCAGAAAUGAAUUCAGUAUUCCGUGUCUGUAGUAUUAGCUGAGGUACCGCCCGUGUUAAUGUUUGUAUUCCAGUAGUGGCACUGCUUUAGCUACAUGUGAUAGUUGUAAUACUCUUAUCAAGGGGACGCUCUGUUGAGUGAAAUGUUUACGUGGAAAAUACGGUGCCAAAUGCAUUAUGUUAAGCAUGUUUAAAGAAUCAUGUAAAGGAUGCCAUGCAAUACAUAUAUACAUGUAUGGAUAAAUAACAAAUACCAUAUAAUACAAUGCAGUACAAUGCAAUGUAUGUGAUUAUUGUUUUGAUUUUUAAUCUGAUUAACAUACAUUACUUUAUUGCAGAUGUUAUAACAUUAA